CCACACAGACCAAGUGAGCACAGGAGCGUUUCAUAAACACAGCAAGGUGUGGUUUCUCUCCAAGAGAGCCCAGCUUCCGUCUAUUCACAGCAGAGCCGCAUUAUCUGCGCAACAGGAGACGGGGAGGGGAGAGGCGCGCACUGCCCUCUGGCUGGACAGCAGAUCAAAACUCACUACAACUUCAUAAUUACAACUUAAAAACGACUUCGCAAACAUGAGUUUGUACGGCUCAAACCAAAGGCUGUCUCAAAUGGGCCCGAGAAGCAAUUCGCGGCCGGAUUUGGCGAGUCCGAGCUUCAGGAACGACGUAUUUGUCGGUGGAAACGGCAUUCAUGGAGACUACCAGGGAGGGGAAGGCGGAUACACCUACACCACCUUCUCCAGGUCCUCCAUGCACGGCGGUGGGGCCGGUGGACAGAAGGUGCAAAUGAGCAUGGGUGGAGGCGGCGGCGGUGGUGCGAUCAGUGUACAGGCUAUUCAGCAAAAGGCACUGUUCCUGACAAGCCAAUGUCAGGAGUACCUGCAGCGUGCAAAGAUGAUUCUUCACGGGGGGGGUCCAGCCGGAGAUGCAGAUAAGCUGUUAGGCAUGGCUGCAGAAACCAUGGACCAGAUGAGAGUCUGUGGCAGAGACCUGCAGCAGAUGCGUGUACCCAAUGAUGUCCCCAGAAGCCUCGAGCAGCUCCAGCACAUGCAUGCUGCCAUCCAACAGCAGCUAGGCGGUGGUGUGACCAUUAGACGUAACAGGGGCAGUGUGGGCUCCAUUGACGGAGGCAGGAUCUUUAAUGAUGCCAUGGCCUGGAUUGCCCAACAAAAGCGCAUGAUUGAGACUUCUCCAUUUGGCGAUGACGCUGAAGCCAUAGAAAAGCAAAUCAUGAGCCACAACAAAACCCACAGCUCCCUCCAGAGAAGCCAGGAAGUAGACCGAGCCAGGGAUGAACUGAAUUCAAGGGGUGACAAGUACAAUUUCUCCAUCCUGGACCAAGAAUGGGACAGCCUGCAGAAAAUGUCCAGCAACCGUGUGAUGCAGCUGCGUGACCUGCAGGGUAUCAUUGAGGAAAUCUCCCGAGCAAUCAUGUGGGUGAAUGAGAAGGAGGAGGAGGAGCUUAUGUUUGACUGGGGAGACAAAAACAUUGAUCAGUACAUCCCCAAGAAGCAAGAAAGCUACUCAGGUCUAAUGAGGGACCUGGAGGAGAAAGAAAAGGACCUAAACAAGCUGAAGUUGAAAGCAGACGGUCUCCUGAACAACAACCACCCAGCUUCAGAUAAAAUUGAAGCCUAUAUGGACACCCUGCAGACCCAGUGGAGCUGGCUCCUCCAGAUCACCAAGUGUAUUCAUGUGCAUUUAAAGGAGAAUGCUGCCUACAGCCAAUUUUUCAAAGACGCCAACGAGACCUAUGCCAAGCUGCAGAAAGAGCAUGAGACUAUCAGAACCAAGUUUAUCUGCAACAAGAACACUCCCAUUGAAAACCUUAUUGAACUCCUGAAGAACCUGGAGAAAGAGAAGGAGCAAAUCAUUGAGCACAAGAGGCAGGUCCAGAGUCUGGUUAACAAAUCAAAGAGCAUUGUUCGACUGAAACCUCGCAACCCCGAGGAGAAGAGCAGCAGCACUGUAAUGGUCCAGGCCUUAUGUGACUUUAAACAAGACCAGAAAGGAAUUUUCAAAGGGAACGAGGGCAUCUUGAAGGACAACUCACAGCGCAGUAAGUGGCUUGUAACAGGACCCGGAGGUCUGGACAUGAUGAUUCCCUCUGUGUGUCUGCUGAUCCCUCCACCAAACCCGCUCAGCAUCAGCGUUUCUGCCAAGAAUGAGCAGUAUUAUGAAGCCAUCAUGAGCAUCUGGAAUCAACUCUACAUCAACAUCAAGAGUCUCAUCUCAUGGCAGUGCUGUGUCAAAGACAUCAAUUACAUCAACACCCUCACACUCAGCAUGCUGUCUAAGAUGCGUCCUGAGGAGUACCGUAGUAUCAUCAAAAGACUGGAAACUCACUACCAAGAGUUCCAGCGUACCAGCCAAGGCUCUGAUCUGUUUGGGGAUGAUGACAUGAGAACCAUCCAGGGUCACUUUGAUAAAGCCCAGGGCCACUAUGAUACACUGAUUAUCCAGCUGCCUACUUACAAGGAUGAAGGGGUGAAGCCUGAACCCCCAAAGCAGGAACAAGUCAAGCCUUCGACCUCUUCAAGCACCAAGAUCACCUCGACAACUACGGUCAAAGUCAAUAACCAACCCCCAACCCCACCCACAUCCACCCUCAGCCUCAGCCUGCUCAGCAGUCUGCAAGAAAUCAGACGCAGGCUGGAGCUGGCUGAGUCUGGUCUCACCAGCCAUCUUCAUGUUCCCCUGGGUGAGAACAGUGUACAGGAGUGCACUGUACGCAUUGAGAACCUGCAGACUGUGCAUCAAGAUCUGGACUCCAUUUACGAUGAGUACCUGCGCCUAAGAGAAAAGAUUAUAAAGCAGCUGGAAGGUAUACCUGCAGACUCCGAGCAAGCCAAGUUUCUCCGCUCUGAGCUGGAAAUCAUCAACCAAAAACUUGGGGGCUUGCAGGGUCUCUACUCAUCAUACAUUCAAAGGCUGUCAGCUCUGAAGGGCUUGCACGAGAGCCUCCUCAAGGCUGAAGACAUCAUUAAAGUCCACGAGGCUCGGCUGACAGAGAAAGAGACCUCCUCCCUGGACCUUCGAGAGGUGGAGAACUAUCGGAUCACUCUAAAGCAACUGAAGGGUGAUCUGGAUCAAAAAAGAGACCUGCUGACAGCCAUGGAGUCCGACCUGACCAAAGCUCUACACUGGAACAGUCAAAUCUCAGAGUCCUUCCACAAAUGUGAUGUUGAUUUGUCCAAGUACUCCGAUCUGGUGGGUCAGAUGUCUGACCGUUGGCGCCGCAUCCAAACCCAGAUUGAUAGCAGAGUGUGGGACUUGGAGAAGCAAGAGACGCAGCUGAAACAUUAUCAGCAGAGCAGCACUUCCCUGGAGCAGUGGAUAGACAAUGCCAGGAAGCGCCAGGACAGCCUGCAGAUGGUCAAGCUCAAUGAUGUCCAGACUCUAAUGGACCACCUCAACCAACAGAAGGCACUUCACACAGAAAUCAAAGGCAAGAAGGAGAAAGUAGAGGAUGUGCAUAAAAAUGCAGACACCUGUGCUGCCUCCAUAAAGGAUUAUGAGCUGCAGCUGGCCUCCUACAGUUCAGGCCUGGAAACUCUGCUUAACAUUCCUAUCAAGAGAACCAUGCUUCAGUCACCAGCCUCUGUAGUCAGACAAGAGGCAGCUGACCUCCAGUCUAACUACAUUGAGCUGCUUACCCGCUCCAGUGACUACUACAAGUUUCUUGGGGAGCUGCUGAAGAACAUGGAGGAGCUGAAGAUCAGGAACACUAAGAUUGAUGUGCUGGAAGAGGAACUGAGGCGACUGAGGGAGGACAUCCAAGAUCGUAACCAGAAAAACAAAGCCCUGGAGGAUGCUUUGGCCCGCUUAAAGCUGGACCUCAGUGAUUCAAAAGACCAGCUCAUUUCUAUGGAGGAAGUAAAGAGAACCACGGUGAUGCAAGUUACUGCUACCAAGGAGAGCCUGGACAGCACACAAAACCAGAUUCAAGAUCUUAAUGAACAGCUGACACGCAUUAAAUACCAGCUUGAUGAGGAGAAAAGAAAAAGAAGGUUGGCAGAGGAACGCUACACAAGUCAGCAAGAAGAGUAUGAGGCAGCUGUUCGUCGUCGACAGAAAGAACUGGAAGAGCUCAACUGGGCCAAGAUUGACUUAGAAAAAGCUGUGAAGGACAAGGAACGUGAACUGGAGAGGAUGAAGAUACUCAUGGAGGAGGAAGCAGCACGUCGAAGAAAUGCUGAAUCAGAUAUCUCAAAGGUAAGAGCACAGUGCACCCAGGAGAUUAAACAACUUAAGCAGACAUACGAGUCAGAGAUCCACGUUACCAAGACCACCAUCCUGAAAACAUCACAACAGAAGGAAGAAGAUGCAGCAGGGCUGAGACUGCAAAUUGACAGACUCGCCGCUGAUAAGAGAGAUCUAGAGCAGGAGCUGUUGAGAAUGAGGCAGUCAAUUGCUCACACAGAUGAGCAGAGGAGCAGAGCAGAACUGGAGGCCAACCAGCAGAGGGCCUCAGUGACACAAGAGACGAGGCUCCGCAGUGAGAUGGAAGUUCAGCUGAGAUCAAUCCAGAGUCAGAGAGAAGAUGAUGAGCUCAAACUAAAGGAAGCCACCAAAAUCAAUCAGGAGAAGUCCAGGCAGAUCAGUGUGCUAACGUUUAAUCUGGAGGAGGAGGGGAAGAAGAGGAGAGCUCUGGAAUUAGAAAUCAAUCGUCUGAGGCAGGCUGAGGCAGAGCUGAAGACCAAGAACACAUCAUAUCAGGAGGAAAUCAACAUGCUUAAAGUGUCCGAGCAGGAGAUACGUAUCACUCGAGUAGAGCUGGAGAAGCAGACCAGUGAGAAAAACAAGGUUGAGCAGAGCUCUGUCAGGCUGCAGAACCGCAUCCGAGAUCUUCAGGAGUCUCUGGAUAGGCUGGAAGCUGAGUCAGAAAAGCACAGGAAGGCAACCCAGGAUGAGUUAACACGCAGAAAGAGAAUUGAGUCAGAGUUGGAGAGGAUGACACAGACUUGUAGAGAGCACACUACCACAAUUAGUACCAUGAAAUCUAUCCAGAUAGAUGCAUCCAACUCAGGGAGGAAGUAUGAGCAGGACCUCAGCGCCCUCCAGGCCGCUCUGGACAAGAGCCUGAGGGAUCAUAAAAUCACCAAGGAUGAACUGGCUGCUGUCACAGCCGAGCUGAGGGCACUCAAACAGAAACUCCAGCAGGAGGAGGCUCGAAUUCGUGAGCUCAACCAGCGUAACGAGAGCCUGUACAAGACCAUUGAGGAGAAGAGCCGCCAACUGAACGAAUACACCACAGAGAUCGAGAAGCUGAAGACUCUGACGCAGAACCUGACGAAGGAGAGGCUGAGGUUGGAGGAGGAGCUGAGGGCAGUUAGACAGGAGAGAGAUGAGCUGAAGCUUAGCAAAGCUGCUGUUGAUGGAGAGAGUGCUUCUCAGAUCGCUGCCUUGCAUGUCCAGCUACAGACUAGCACCAAGAGGACAUCGGAGCUCCAGUCUCUCAUCAAUGACCUGACCAGGGAGAGAGAAAAGCUAAAAAUGGAAUUUGACAAAAUCCAAAAGCAAUCUAUUGAGACUUCCAUGAUGGUGCAUACAUCUCAAAGCCAGUACACUGAGCUUCAGCUCGAGAGAGACAGUUUGCUGUCCAAGCUUAAACUCCUGGAGCAGGACAAGACCCGUAUGCAGCGCCUGGAAGAGGAGCUCAACCGCAUCAAGCUCACACUGGAGACUGAGCUCCGCAACAAACAGCGGCUGCAGGAUGAAAAGAACACCAUUCAAAAAGAUUUCAACUACAUGAAGAGCCAGUUUGAGCUCAGGGACGGGCAGAUCAGGCAGUGUGAGACAGACAGAGACAAGCUUGAUCGAGAGAGGCUCUCCUUGAAGAAUGAAAUUGAGAGGCUCAUGAGGGAGCUGAAGAGUGUCGAGGAGCGCUACAAGAGUCGUCUGUUUAGCUCUGAAAAAGAGGCAAAAGAGCUGGCUCUCAAGAGGGACGCCCUGGAGAGGGAGAUUUUGAGGCUGCAGCAGAGACCUACAGCCACUAGUAGGCAGACCCAGACAGAUGAGAAGGUGCCAACAGUUGAUCCAUCCAAGCUGGUAUUUGAUGGAGUGCGCCGCAAAGUCACUGCCCAUCAAUUGUGUGACUGUGGCAUAAUAAGUAAAACCACUCUAGACCAGCUCAUGAAGGGAAAAAAGUCAGUGGAUGAGGUAGCUGCGGAUAUCCAGCUCAGUCUUAAAGGUACAGGUGUCAUUGCAGGUAUGACAACAGGCACUCAAGGAAAAAUGCCCUUCACCGAAGCAAAAAACAAGAAGCUCCUCAGUCCAGAGAGCGCCCUCAUGCUCUUGGAAGCUCAAGCAGCAACAGGUUACAUCAUUGACCCUGCGUUUAAUGAGAAGAUGCCUGUGGAUACCGCCUGUUCAAGAGGAAUAGUAGAAACAGAAGACAGAGACACCCUGGCGAGAGCUGAAGCAGCUAGCACAGGCUUCAAAGAUCCAUACACUGGCAAAGUGUUAUCUGUGGGUCAGGCUUGCAAACAGGGCCAUGUAGACAAAGACACAGCUGUCCGCUUGCUCCAGGCUCAAGAGUCUGUUGGAGGCAUUAUUGACCCCGUUCUGAGUGUGUACCUUCCAAAAGAUCAGGCCUUGGAUCGCAAUCUUAUUGAUGAGGAUCUUUACAGAGCUCUGAACAAAAAACCCACCUGCUACAUUGAUCCUGCCACAGGAGAGAAGAAGAGCUACAAUGACCUGAGGAAGAUGUGUACAGUGGAACCGGUUUCUGGUUUGCUCCUACUCCGUGGUCCAGAGAAGCCCAUGACAGUGAAGGGUCUUCGUGGUGAAGUCUCUGUUUCAGAGCUCAUCAAAUCUGAACUGCUAGAUGAAACUGAUGUGGCAAAGCUCAACCAGGGGACACUCACCAGCAAAGAUAUUGAAAGCAAGCUUAAGACGUACCUCUACGGCUCCACCUGCAUUGCAGGGAUCUAUGAUGAGGCCAAUGACCGAAUAAUGCCUUUCUAUCAGGCGAUGAAGGAAGGUCUGCUCAUGAGAGGAACCACCCUAGAGCUUCUUGAAGCCCAAGCUGCCUCUGGUUUCAUCGUUGAUCCCGUCAACAAUGUCUUCUUGACAGUAGAGGACGCCACAAAGAGGGGCCUGAUCGGAAAAGAGUUUAAGAACAAGCUGUUGUCUGCAGAGAAGGCAGUAACUGGAUACAGAGACCCAAACACAGGAAAGACAAUCUCCCUCUUCCAGGCUAUUGAGAAAGAUCUUAUUGAGAAAGGUCAUGGAAUCCGUCUUCUUGAGGCCCAAAUAGCCAGCGGCGGGAUUAUUGACCCCAAAGAGAGCCACCGUAUUGAUGUCGCAGUUGCCUAUAAAAGGGGCUACUUUGAUGAGGAGAUGAAUGAGAUUCUGACUUAUGAAGGAGAUGACACCAAGGGGUUCUUUGACCCUAACGAUAAGGAGAACCUGACUUAUCUACAGCUGAAGGACAGGUGCAUCACAGAUAGCAAAACUGAGUUAAUUCUCCUGCCACUCAAAGACAAGAAGAAAGCCCAGAAAACAGAGGAGAGCCGCACGAAUGUUCUUCGCAAGAGGCGAGUCGUGAUUGUCGAUCCUGACACUGGGCUAGAGAUGUCGGUGAGGGAAGCCUAUCAUCGGGAGCUCAUCGACUAUGACACAUUCCUGGACCUGUCAGAGCAGGAGUGUGAGUGGGAGGAAAUCACCAUCACGGGUUCUGAUGGCUCUGCACGCUUAGUGAUAGUGGACAGGAAAACAGGAACCCAGUACGACAUCCAGGACUGCAUGGACCGUGGCAUCAUCAACAAGCAGGCAUUUGAUAAGUAUCGUGAUGGGACACUAACCCUGACCCAGUUUGCUGAUGAAAUAACAAGCAAAACCAGCGCCACUGAGAUGUCCAUUUCUGCCUGCAAUGUUGACGACAUGGUCACCUGCAGCAGUCCCACCCAAGCUGCACCAUCUUCCCCUACUGUCCGCAGACGCUUCAACAGUAUUUCUAUCACUGUGUCUCCCCCUGAGAUGUUCGAUGACCAAAGCCCUGUGGGGGCCAUCUUCGACACUGAGACCAUUGAGAAAAUAACUAUCCCUGAAGCACUCAGAAGAGGCAUAGUUGAUACUCUUACAGCACAGAGGCUCCUGGAGGCCCAGACCUGCACAGGUGGUAUCAUCAACCCUGCCACGGGUGAGAGACUGUCUCUGCAGGAUGCAGUGCAUCAGUGCAUCAUUGAUGAAAGCAUGGCUACAAAGCUUAAACCUGCACAGAAAGCCUAUGCUGGCUUUGAGGAUGUGAAGACCAAAAGAAGGAUGUCUGCAGCAGAAGCAGUCAAGGAGACAUGGUUGCCUUAUGAAGCUGGCCAGAGAUUUUUGGAGUUUCAGUACUUGACAGGAGGCCUGAUAGAGCCAGGCACUGGACGUCGCAUCACCAUCGAAGAGGCCAUCAGCAAAGGCUGGCUGGAUGGUAAAGGUGCCCAAAAGCUUCAGGAUACACGCAACCACCAGAAGAAUCUGACCUGCCCGAAGACCAAACUUAAGAUCUCCUACAAGGAAGCCAUGGAUAGCUGCAUGGUGGAGGAAAGUAAUGGGAUGAAAAUGCUGCAAGCCUCCUCAAUUUCUUCCAAGGGAAUCAGCAGUCCUUACAAUGUCUCUAACCCAGGAUCUCGCUCCGGGUCCAGGGCUGGCUCCCGAACCGGCUCCAGGAGUGGCUCUCGUAGAGGCAGUGUGGAUUACACCUCUUCAUACAACUUAACCUUCUCCUCAAGCAGUACUACCUAUAGCAGCAACAGUCAAUAUUAGUAUACAGCAUAAGGAUGAAUUAAACUAGACAUAAUACCAACAGCUUUUAUGCAACUCGCUCUUUUAAAAAUGUUUUUCUGCUACCUGUGAGAUUUUGGGAGGUUUGUUUAAAGCUUGACACUGAUUCAUUUGAGUAUUGUGAUUUUUUCUUGUGGCAGUAAGUGGUGUUUUGGUGUUUCAAUAUUAUAUAACCUACCGAUACAAAUAAUGCCUUUUUUUCAAUAUUAUAUAAACUACCAAGUACAAAUAAUGCUUUUUUUUCUAAUACAUAGAUGCUCAUUGAAUAUAUUUUUCACAGCUCAUAUGAAUAUAAGGCUUUUUUCAGAAUUUAAAAGGUUAUAGAAAAUGCUUGUUUGCCUCAGCUUCCACUUGAAAGCAACAUUAAUUUCACAAUAUUUGUCCUUGUGUUUUUGCCUCUUGAUUAAAGUGUGCUUUUCUGUAGAAAACAUAUGAUUAUAAGUCAUUUGCAAAUGUUGAGUUUUAGCUUACAAUACUGUCUGGAGUUAGUAAUGCUAAACCAUGAAAAUGUUUUGCAGCUGAAAUGUUUUUUUCUGAAGAGAUUCUAAAUAAAGUUUUCAUAACAAU